GGACUUCGAACAGAGUCUCUCUGAAACGAAGCAGCGACUCUUGAAACUCCAUUGGAAAAACUUUUUGGCCUGUUUUGAUAUCCAUGGCUUUACCUUGGUGCUUAAAGACUGAAGUUUUAAUGUCUCCUCCGGCCGCCGGAUUUAGUCUUCCAGGCAGUCUUAUGAAGUUGGACAGUGGCUUUGCCGUUCCGACAAAGUUACAGAAUAUUCGUAAAGGUGAUCGGGAAAGAUUGAGAAUCCAAGCUGUUUUCAGCUUUCCUCCAAGAAACGGUCAAGCCGAGAAGCGGAAACAGCUCAAACAGGAACUUCUUGAAGCCAUUGAGCCUCUUGAACGUGGUGCCACUGCGACGCCUGAUGAUCAGCUUCGGAUUGAUCAGUUAGCACGUAAGGUGGAAGCACUAAACCCAACCAAUGAGCCUCUGAAAUCUGAUUUAAUCAAUGGGAAAUGGGAGCUCAUUUAUACAACAUCUGCUGCGAUUUUGCAAGCAAAGGUAACUGGAGAUUUGACACCCCUCGAUUCGAAGAAGGUUGCUGUGAAACUCCAAGUGUUUAAAAUUCUCGGCUUUAUUCCUGUAAAAGCACCUGAUAGCGCCCGCGGUGAACUAGAGAUUACUUAUGUGGACGAGGAACUACGGAUAUCAAGGGGCAAAGGCAACUUGUUGUUUAUUUUGAAGAUGUUCGAUCCCACUUAUCGAAUCCCUCUCUGAUCUAUCGAAAAAAUGGUUUCGAGCUAUCAAUACAUACCUUAAACACUU